AUGCUUUCUUUCCUUAGCCCCUUCCUCAUACAACUAUCGGGGUGUUACCUCACCCUUGCCUUCACAGGGGCACGACCGGCCGAGUUUGUAGACGGCGAGAGAAAAAGCGGCAACGAUACAUGUCUGGAGGAGUUAUUUCCACAGAAAGCAAUAGGGGCUUUUGGCAAAGAUAAAGACAGGGCACUUGACGAAAAUUCCCAGCUCCUCCAAGAGCUACUCGCACAAGAAACCAUUUGCCGUGGACGUCCAAAGGCGCUCUGUUACGAAGACAUUUUGCUGAUGGUCGUACGCCACCCUGACACCGGCGGCAACGUCCUGGCGAUGUCCAUCAAGUUUAUAUACCACAAAGGAGCAGAUAAUAAGCCAAAACCGACUAUCUUCUUCUUUACCCCUACCAGAAGAUUAAUCUUCUGUCUUAUCAGCGUUAUUGUUAGUCUAGCAGGAUCUGAUGGCGCGUUUGCAGCGACGAAUUUAACUAGUGCCAGACAAGUCUUUCAGGUUAAGAACCAGGGACCAGUCAAGUGCACUCCGCUACGCUGGAAGAAAGAGUGGCUCAAGCGGCCUAUAUUCCGCCGGUGCGACGACUCUUUGCCGGAGGAUAAACCCGACGACUUGAUUUCAAAAAAUGAAUUGGACGAUGUUGUUUCAAGAUAUCAACCUCUUCCAUAUUACAAGCUAAGAGAUGAUAUGACGCAUUAA